AUGUACUUCGCAGAUGAGGUAACCUGGCGAAUGCCGUUCACGACCGGCGCCCAAUCGCUUCUCAUCGUCGCCUACUCGAUCCUCUUCCCGCGAGCGGCAGACAUCGCAGACAACGUGGCGUUGUAUUACGUUGCGCGAUUUGUGGCUUGUCGCAAUGCAUGGACAAUCAACAACUUCGCCGGUGCCGAGAAACGAGCCAUGGGCAUCGCCUUCAUGAUCGCAGUCGGGAACUGCGGCGGUCUUCCAGGGUCUUUCAUUUUCCUGGAUCGAGAAGCGCCGAAGUAUCCCACUGGUUUCGACAGUUCGCUCAGCUUUGCUGCUGCUGGCAUGGUGGCAGCGAUCUUACUAGAGUUUUCGUACCGGAGCCACAAUACGCGGUACGCGCAGGUGACGGAGGAAGAGGCGAAGGAGAAGUAUGGUGAAGCGCAGCUGGAGAAGAUGGGCGAUAAAAGUCCGCUUUUUAGGUAUUGCUAUUGA